AUGCCCCCUCAGCUCUCCCUCCAGCGUUCCAGCAGCUUCAAGGACUUUGCCAAGGCUAAAGUCAGCUCCCCUGUGCCAAGCGAGAAGGAGUUCAACCUGGAGGAGAACAUCCCUGAGGAUGUGUGCAGCAGCCCUGGCCCUGAGGACGCUGCCCGGAGCAGCGGGAUGAAGCUGAGCAAGAAGUGGCGGGCUGUCAUCUCCCGCACCAUGAACCGCAAGAUGGGCAGGAUGGCCGUGAAAGCCCUGGCUGAGGGGAAGGGAGACAUGGAGGAGGAGGAGGGGUCCCCGUGUCCCCUGUCCCCAGCCAGCAGCAUAGAGGAGCCGAGCCACGAGAAGGUGCCCCUGUCUUACCUGGAGAGGGAGGAAGAGGGACACCCCCCCCUCAGCCGCCAGCUGUCCAGUGGUGAGUCCAGCCCCAGCAGGACCCCGGCCCCCCAUCCCGCACACCCUGACCCCCGGAAUCCCUCGGCAGGCAGCGAGGCAGGGAGGGCGGCUGGGGACCCCCUCCCCAGCGUGUGCCCACCUGCACCUCCCUCAUCCCAGAAAGGGGACAUCAUCCGGCAUCAUCAGAAGCCGCCCAUGGGCACCUGGACGGGGCUGCUCAACAACAGGGUGGGCUCCUUCAAGUUCAUCUACGUGGAUAUUAUCCCUGAGGAGCCUCUCCCUGCCCGCAAGAGCCGGGGCUCCAGCAAGAGCAAGCGCCUCAAGCCCAAGACACUCCAUGAGCUGCUGGAGCGCAUCAACCUGCAGGAACACACCUCUACUCUGCUGCUGAAUGGCUACCAGACCCUGGAGGACUUCAAGGAGCUGCGGGAGACCCACCUCAACGAGCUGAACAUCACGGACCCCCAGCACCGCGCCAAGCUGCUGACAGCAGCUGAGCUCCUCCUGGACUACGACACAGCGAGUGAGCCAGAGGAAGGCGACAGCUCUGAAGCGCAGCCUUCGCCCUUGGAGCCCAAGGGGGACAUUCCCCGGGACUCGGGUUGCUUUGAGGGAUCGGAGACCCUCGACAGCAGCCGGGAUGAGGCUGAGCUGGGGGGUCCCAAGGAGCAGCUGCAGGAUGUCUCCCUGCCAAAGUCCUCCUGA